CAGUCUUGGCUUGUGUGGGCGUGCGUGUAGGCCGGACUCCCCUCCAGCGCAAGUUUGUGUGAUUACACCUACAGCAAAAUGGCCACUGUGCAGAGUGCGCGCUCCGCCGCGCCGGCGGCCCAGUCCCUGACGAUCAAGAGGGCUCUUGUGCAGAAGCCCGUCGUGCAGCGGUUCAACAAGGCGGCAGGGCAGAAGCAGGCUACCCGCCAUGCGGCCGUGCUGAACCAGGCCGUGGCUGCGGCCCCUGCCUACACCCCUACCAGCUCCGUGGCCACCCCUAGCGCCUCCAAGCCCAUGGACAUUGUGUUUGUGUCCGCCGAGGUGGCUCCCUGGAGCAAGACCGGCGGCCUGGGCGAUGUGGUGGGCAGCCUGCCCGUCGCGCUGGCGCAGCGCGGCCACCGCGUGUUCACCAUCGCCCCCCGCUACGACCAGUACUCCGAUGCCUGGGACACCACCGUCACCGUCAACGUGGACGGCGAGGACGUGCGCUUCUUCCACACCGUGAAGAAGGGCGUGCACCGCGUGUGGAUUGACCACCCCGCUUUCCUGGCCAAGACCGCCCUGUGCAUCCACAACAUCGCCUUCCAGGGCCGCUUCUGGGGCGACUCGUUUGGCGACCUGGGCCUGCCCUCCGAGGCACAGGAGCUGUUCACCUUCAGCGACGGCUACCCCAAGGUCUUUGACGAGGCCUCCCCCGCCGACGAGGACAAGAUGAAUGAGGUGAAUUCCACCGGCACCAGCUUCAAGAAGCUCAACUGGCUGAAGGCCGGCAUCCUGGCCUGCGACAAGCUGCUCACCGUGUCUCCCAACUACGCCACAGAGAUCUCCAGCGGCCCUCAGCUGGGCGUGGAGCUGGACAAGUGGGUGAAGGCCAAGGGCGUGGAGGGCAUCGUCAACGGCAUGGACGUGGAGGAGUGGAGCCCCGCACUGGACAAGUUCCUGAAGUUCAAGUACGACAAGACCACUGUGGAGGCGGGCAAGGCGUUUGCCAAGAGCCAGCUGCAGCGCGAGGCGGGCCUGCCCGUCGACCCCUCCACCCCCGUCUUUGGCUUCAUCGGGCGCCUGGAGGAGCAGAAGGGCGUGGACAUCCUGCUGGCGGCGCUGAAGAAGCUGCCCAAGGGCUCCCCCGUGCAGGUGGUCAUCCUGGGCACUGGCAAGAAGGCUCUGGAGGCGCAGGUCAAGGCGCUUUCCAAAACCUUCCCCGGCGUGGCCGCGGGCGUGGUCAAGUUCUCCAACCCCAUGGCCCACUGCAUCACCGCGGGCGCCGACUUCAUGCUGGUGCCCUCCCGCUUCGAGCCCUGCGGCCUCAUCCAGCUGCACGCCAUGCAGUACGGCACCGUCCCGCUGGUGGCCUCCACCGGCGGCCUGGUGGACACUGUGAAGGAGGGCGUGACGGGCUUCCAGAUGGGCGCCAUGAACCCCGACCGCCUGGAGGAGGGCGACGCGGAGGCGGUGGCCCAGACCAUCAAGCGCGCCGCCGAGACGUACGGCACCCCCGCCUACACCGCCAUGCGCGACCGCUGCAUCGCCCAGGACCUGUCCUGGAGCCAGCCCGCCAAGAAGUGGGAGGCGGUGCUGACGGAGCUCAAAUACGGGCCUGGCCCCACGCCCGAGGCCACCGCCGACAAGAACGCCGUCACCACGCCCACCCAGAAGAUCUGAGGCGGCGCCUGGGCCGAGCAGGCCACGGCCCGGCCACCCCGCUGGGACAACCCCCAGGGAAACCACAACACACAACACAACACGCGGCGGCUGCCCGCCCCCGCGGCGGCGCGCGUGGCUGGCGCGCGGAGGGCCUCGGCUGCCGAGUGGCGCAGACACUCCCCUCCCCGCCAGCCAUGCGGCGGCUGGAAUCACUGCACGCAUCUGAUCUAAUCCCAAGCCAAAAGUGAGGCCGCCAGCUUCCCACCCGUGCGAAACUGCUGCGAGACAAAUUUGAUUGAUGGCUGCAUGCAUUCUUUAUUCUCCGCUUUCUUCCGCUCCCACCGGAGCCGUUCAGUGUGUCGUGUACCACCAACGCGUGUGCGCGACCAAAGAGCCCCUGUUUGCUCCCCCCGCUGAUGCUGCCGUCGCCCUGUUUCCAUCGACCUUUCAUUUGGAGCACCGCUUGUGUCUGCCCACGUCCCCCCGGUCUGCCUCUUCUCCACCGUGCAACGAAUUGCCUGUGCCCAUGUCCCCCGUCUGCGAAUGAACCGCCAAUGCCCUUUUGCCAGCCCCAUUUCUGUUACACAUCGAUGAUUC